ACCACGCAGUGUGGACAAUUUGGAAAUUAUAUAUUUCGUUUUUAAUUCAAAGUAAGUAGUUGUUAACUCUUUUCAAUUUUUUCUACCAAAAUAAGAAAAAAAACGAUUUUCAAUUUUUAUUCCUACUUGCUGACUAAUUUCUUGCUUGUGAACUUUUUAUAACUAAGACACCAAUUAUCUCUAGUCUCUACUAACCAAAAAAGAAGAAGCAAGAGAAAACAUAUAAUUGUUAGUAGUUCACUCUUUGGAACUUUUUCUAUUUUUCUUUAAGCCAAAUGACGGAGAGGUUGCCAUUGAUUCUCCUCCUUGCUCUACACUUGUUCGUGUCUGGAGUGUUUUCCACUAGUAUCAUAACCCUAGAGAACAAAUGCAAUAAAACAAUUUGGCCAGUCAUCUUUUCAUGGCGGUCACAAGUCUCCACCACCGGCUUCACUCUCAAGAGCGGAGAGGCGCGUGCCAUACAAGCGCCGUCUUCAUGGUACGGUCUUAUCUCGGCUAGGACCCUCUGCUCCAACGACUCAGCAGGAAAUUUCACGUGCGCCACGGGGGACUGCGAGUCCGGCGGGGUCGAGUGUCCCGGCGCAUACAGUUGGUCUCCGGUCACUUAUCUCUUAUUUAGGAUCGAUGACGGCGGAAUCAACAGCUAUACGAUCAGCCUCGAGUACGGUUACAACCUUCCACUAAAGGUUGUUCCAUCAAUCCCGACAUGUAUCAGCUCAGGUUGCAUGGUUGACUUGAGCAAGACAUGUCCAAAUGAUCUUAAGAAAUUUGUCGGGCGAGAUAUAGUCGCAUGCAAUAGCGCAUGCCGAGAAGACAACUCCCAGGAGAACUGUUGCACUCGUUACUUCAACUCAAAACAAACUUGCAAGCCUACACAGUACGUGGAGAACUUCGACCGCGCUUGCCCAUUCGCCUAUAGCUACGCCUUCAACGACAAUAACAGCACCUUCACAUGCACAAAUUCAACUGACUACGUGAUUACGUUUUGUCCCUCCUCCAUUCCCAACACCACCAGAAGCUCGAUGGCUCCAUUACCAGCGGAACCAAAACAUAAUUCUCAAGGGAUGUUAAAUACCAUACUUGGAGUCGCAGCAGCUUUAGCUGUGUUGAUCAUUAUUGUUGUGAUUGUGGUAGUUGUGAGAGCAAAGAAUGCGAAAAGAAAGAAUGAAUUAAGUGACGAGAACAUUGACGCGGUUGUGAUGUUGAAGAGAUAUAGUUUUGAACAAGUCAAGAAGAUGACAAACUCGUUUGCUCAUGUUCUAGGGAAAGGAGGAUUUGGCAUUGUCUAUAAAGGAAAAUUACCCGAUAAGAGCGGUCGAGAUAUUGCACUGAAGAUCUUGAAAGAGUCAUCACAGGGUAAUGCAGAAGAGUUCAUCAAUGAACUAGUUAGCAUGAGUAGAGCAUCUCAUGUUAAUAUCGUUUCUCUCUUUGGAUUUUGUUAUGAAGGGAACAACAGAGCUAUAAUUUAUGAGUUCAUGCCGAAUGGAUCGCUUGACAAGUUUAUUUCCGAGAAUAUGUCAACGAAGAAAGACUGGAAAGCUUUAUACAACAUUGCGGUAGGUGUUGCUCGCGGGUUAGAGUACUUGCACAAUAGUUGUGUAUCCAAGAUUGUGCAUUUUGAUAUAAAGCCUCAAAAUAUACUCAUAGACGAAGAAUUUUGUCCAAAGAUUUCGGAUUUCGGACUUGCGAAGCUCGGCAAACGGAAAGAGAGUAUCAUAUCCAUGUUAGACGCAAGAGGGACCGUAGGGUAUAUUGCUCCUGAAAUGUUUUCCAAAAACUAUGGAGGAGUUUCACAUAAGUCGGAUGUGUAUAGUUAUGGAAUGGUGGUUCUUGAGAUGAUCGGGGCAACAAAAAGAGAAGGAGUUGAAACUUCUACGUCCAAUAAAAGUUCAGUGUACUUUCCAGAUUGGGUCUAUGACGAUCUUGAGAGGAAAGAAACCAUGAGAAUUUUAGAAGAUCAUGUAAUCGAAGAAGAAGAUGAGAAGAUAGUUAAGAAAAUGACAUUAGUGGGUUUGUGGUGUAUACAGAAUACUCCAUAUGAUCGUCCUCCAAUGAGAAAAGUUGUUCAAAUGUUAGAGGGGAGUCUAGAUGCUCUACAGGUUCCACCUAAGGCUCCGUUGAGUUUACAAGUUGUAACGGAUUGGGAAAAUGCUGAAGAUAGUCAGCAGUCUUCGACACUAAGCUUGUUAGAGAGGAAACCUCCUUCGACUGGCCAAUAUACUCCAGGAGUUUCCAAAGAAGCUGUUUAAGAUUUUGUGAAAGAGAAACAAGGUAUUUCAUGAUCCUCGUAAACCAAAGGCAACAAGAAUGUUGUAAAAAUGUUGGGAUCUUCUUGUUGGAUUCUUGAUGAACUCAAUUUUUAUAAUUAAAUAUUGCUGUUGCUUCAUCAUU